CUCUUAUCGUCGAUAACGUCUCAGCAUUUCAUUACCCAAUCAUGGAUACGCUAAUGGCAUCAUCCUCUUCUACAGCAGCCAUUCUCCACCGUCCGCCGCCCCUUCCCCUCCGGUCCUCCAAUUCCUUAUUCUACACCGGUUCUUGCUCCACAGGUACGGCGGCGUUCUUCCGAAAGCCCUUAUUCGGCAAUCAUGGUGCUCAGAGAAAACUAAUUCACUCGUUCCAAAAUUCUUCAUCUCAAUCUUCGUCGUCGAGUGUGAAAGUGCCGAUUAAAUGUGGAGUUACCGAGAUUAACGAGAGCCAAUUCCCGGAGGUAGUAUUGAAAUCCGACCGUCCUGUUCUUGUUGAGUUUAUUGCCGGUUGGUGCGGACCUUGUCGAUUAAUCGCUCCCGCCAUUGAAUCCAUAGCAAAGGAAUACGAAGAUAAACUAUUGGUUGUAAAGAUCGAUCACGACUCGAAUCCAAAGCUAAUCCAAGAGUACAAGGUGUAUGGAUUGCCUGCUUUGAUUUUGUUCAAAGAUGGGCAAGAAAUUCCACAAAGCAGAAGGGAAGGUGCAAUUACAAAAGCAAAGCUGAAGGAGUACAUUGAUGCACUACUGAAAUCGAAUAUGCUUCUGACCUGGUCAACACUUCCCGAGAAAAUAGAAGCUGACCAAGUAACUGAUGGAAUAAUGACAUUGGUGCCUUAA